CUUCUCCCCUAUAAUUUGUCCUUUGACAAUUACCCACGAUUUAUGCCCUUUCUCAAUCGCCGUCGUCCACCUACGCUCACCCAGCCUCUUACUCACUCUCAGUAGCCACCCCCCUUGGUCGACGGAGUCCAUAAAUCGGCUCUCGCUCUUUCUCUCUCUCCAUCGCUCACCAUCUGUCUCUCUGGUCCUCCAUCACCCUGCGGCACUCCAUCUUUUUCUUGCCGGAAGUAUUGGUGAAUGUAGUUUCAUAUGAAGCUGAGCCUAAAAGAGCAAACUCAGGACGAUGUCUCUUAGAAAACCGCCCCCUCCUCGGCUUCUUCUCGACCAGGUCUCCUGUAUGCGAAAUGCCCAGCAAAUCCUUAGAAAUGUUAACGUCUCGAUCCAUGAUGGCAGUGCACUCGUGCUGUCAGGGAGCAAUGGUUCAGGCAAAACAACAUUCUUACGAAUGUUAGCCGGAUUCUCCCGACCUUCUGCCGGUAGGAUCCUAUGGAAUGGGCAUGACAUUACAGAAUCUGGAGUAUUCCACCAAUACAAACUUCAGCUGAAUUGGCUCUCACUUAAAGAUGCCAUUAAAGAGAACUUUACCAUCAUUGACAACGUUCAGUGGUUCGAGCUGCUUGAGGGGAAGCAUGGCAAAUCAAUGCCUGCCAUCGAGCUGAUGGGGCUUGGAAGAUUGGCAAAGGAGAAGGCGAAAAUGUUAUCGAUGGGGCAACGUAAGCGCCUGCAACUUGCAAGAUUGUUGGCGAUCGAUAGACCAAUUUGGCUGCUUGAUGAGCCUUCAGUUGCAUUAGAUGAUGAUGGGGUCAAGUUGCUGGAAUACAUCAUUGCUGAACAUAGAAGGAAAGGUGGGAUUGUCAUUGUAGCAACACAUAUUCCAAUAGAUAUUGAAGAUUCCAUGAUCUUGAGGCUUCCGCCACGUUUCCCUCGGAGAAUAACCUUGGUCGAUAUGCUCGAUCGGUGUGACAUAUCGUAACUUUACCAACUCAAGCAUAGUUCAAAUCAAGCAAUGACUCAACGUCAACAUAGAUGGUUUGAAAUGGGUGUGUUAGAUGGUUUGAAAUGGGUGUGUUUGAUACCGAUGAAGUCUGAACGGUUGUCAAAGUUCUGUUGGCAUUGUGGAAUCAUUGGGCAUAAUCUCGAGGAAUGUAGUGGAAAAGUGAACGAUGAAGAAGUUGGGAAAACUUUUUAUAGGAAAAAGGGUUGAGUUUUAUUGAUUAUUGCAAUAAAUUUUCAUUUGAUACAAAUCAUGAAGGCUUCAAAGAUGAUUUAGUAAACGAAGGCAAUGAGAGGAUGAAAUAAGACUAAUGAAGAUUCUAUUUUGAAUAAAGGGAAUAUGCUGACUCAUUUUCUAAGUUUGUGAAGUUACAAUUUCUUGUUCGUGUUGGAAUGUUCGAGGAUAGGGGAUUUUUUUAUAUUUUGUCUUAUGAUGUAGGUGUACACGAUGAUUUCACUCGUGUUAAAUUUUUGGUUUUGUUGUUUUUAUUUUGUUUGAAAUAACGUGUAACAUUGUUACUUUGAGUAGAUUUAGGACUCAUUUGAAUAGUUGUUAUGGGUUUUCUUUUUAAUUGAAUUGGUUUGAGUGA